AUGAUGUCUCGUGUGUUGUGUUGUCUCGCUUUGCUGUUGAGUGUUGUCUCUUUGUGUGUGACAGCUGAGGCGGUUUCUGAAACUCUUCCAGAUGAUUCUGCUGGUCCUUGUCCUCCUGAGACGACUGCUUCUGGUGAGGGUAAAACUUGCAAAACUGCUGCUGGUGGCCCUCUUCAACAACCACCUCAUCUACCUGGUGCUCCUUGUCCUCAAGGCGAGGUUGGUACAUGCAAGAACAGCACUAGUGGACCUGAAGCUGCUCUUCCUAAUGAUUGCACGAAAUCUUCAGGAACAGACAACUGUGUAACCAAUGUUGAUAACACUGAAGGCAAUUGUGGUGAUGGAUCUGGUCCUUCUUGUUCUUCAACCAGACGAACGGAACAGGGUUCUCCACGUGAUCCCGGAUCUCCUGGUUCUACUGGUACUAUUGGUUCUACUGCUUCUCCUGUUACUUGUCCUACCGCUGAUGGUGCUACUGGCACUCCUUGUCCUCCUGUUUCUGGGAGUUCAUCUGGUGAGGAUACUGAUAAUCAACCUCACAUUAAGACUCCAGCGCAAACACCUGCACCAGCUGAAAAACAACAACAUGCCGGAAGUAUUGCUCAACAAGGCCCACUACCUCCUUCCGAUGAACCUGGUACUGAAGGUUAUGAUUCUCCCGGUAAAGGAGCUGGAGCUGGUGAUUCCGUUUCUGGUGCUUCUCCUGAGGGGAGUGGUGUUGCUGCGCCUGCAGGAGACCCGCAAUCUGGAGAGAGUGGAAGAAAUGAAAAUGGAGCAGCGAAUACAUCUUCCCCUACCAAUUCAGAAACGGAGGGUAGCAGUGGUUCUAGUGCCGCAACAGUUGAGCACGAACGUACAUCUGCAGAGGAUGAAACAACAGGCACCCAAGAAGGAAAUGUAGGAAAUACAGAUGCAACUACCACCACAACAACAACAACACUUCCUCCUGAACCCGCAAACAACAAGAAGGGUGGUGCAGACAGCGGCAGCAGUAUCAGCAGUUCUGUGUGGGUGCGUGUGCCACUACUGAUUGUGGUUACACUGGCCUGUAUUCUUGUGUGCUGA